UAAUUGUUUUUGUCACGAUUUUUGAAACGCAAUCGAAUUGAAUUCGAAAUUCAGCUCAUAUAUAAUUUUCGAAACGCAAUCGAAUUGAAUUCGAAAUUCAAUUCAGAAGUAAAUUUUUAGGUUUUUAGAUUUCGGUGGUGGGCGUUGAUGGCGGCAAGUGCCAACCCUUCAUCUGGCGGCCAUAGCAACACCAGCAACGGCAAAAAUAAUAGCAGUAACGGCGGCGGACAGGAGAAUGGAAAUGGUGCCGGCGGCCUGUCAGCGACGGAGAAUUCCACGGUGGGGGACACCCAGCCGGGUCUCCGCCACAACCCGGGUCUGUCACUUGAUUGGACUCCCGAGGAACAGUCCACUCUCGAAGAUUUGAUGGCAAAAUUUGCGGCAGAAAACCCCCUUGUUCGUUAUGCUCAAAUUGCUCAAGAAUUAAGAGAUAAGACAGUUCGGGAUGUUGCAUUACGUUGCAGAUGGAUGAGUAAAAAGGAGACUGGCAAGAGAAGGAAAGAUGAUAAUAUUUCAUCAAGGAAAAAUAAAGACAAAAAGGAAAAGGUUACAGACUCAUUGCCAAAAUCUUCUCAAGCUGCAAAUCGCACCAAUGGUCCCCCCUAUGUUCAGCCAAUGCUUUCAGCAGAAAGUGAUGAUGGAAUCUCAUUCAAAGCAAUUGGUGGAGCUGCUGGCCAGCUUCUUGAGCAAAAUGCUCAGGCCUUGGAUCAAAUUUCAGCCAACUUUUCUGCUUGCAAGCUCCACGAUAACAUCAAUCUCUUUUGUCAAGCUCGAAGUAACAUCCUUUCAAUCUUAAACGACUCGAAUGACAUGCCGGAAUUAAUGAAGCAGAUGCCACCUCUUCCUGUGAAGCUGAACGAAGAUCUUGCGAGCACCAUUCUUCCUCGAGCGAAGAAAUCUUGAGAUCCGAGUUUACCAUGACGGAAUAAAUUAGUAUAAGCUUGUUUUUCUUCUUUCUUGAUUGAUGUUUUUGUUUUUGUUUCGUUUUUAAUUUCUGUUGCAUGAUUCGUCGUAGGAGAAAAUCCGUGUAGCUUAUGAACGCGAUCAGUGGUAUUAUAGAACUCAGUCCUGUACAUAGAUAGCUUAGAAGGAAAGAAGUCGUGCUAUUUAAUUAACUAGUGUUUAAUGAGUAUAUAAGGUUUAUAUAUUGAUAAAAAGUUAAAAGUUUAUAAUAUGGUUAUUAUUGUGGU